CCGAUCCUCUCGUCCGUUCACCUGCCACCGAUGGCUGAAGCUGCACGAGUUCCUGGGGUGGACGACCUACGGGUGAAGCUGUGUUACAUAUGUCGGGAGGAGGAACAGUAUGAUCAGCCCGAAUCACAACAGAACAAGAGCGUCUGGGUUCAUCCAUGUAAUUGUACGCUGGUCGCUCACGAGUCGUGUCUACUGGAGUGGAUCAAGACUGCCCAGCAGAACCCGGCUCGGGCGGAGAAUGCACUCAAGUGCCCGCAGUGCGGUGCAGAGUACGAACUCGAAAGCAACAAUCCGCCGCUGCUCCGAUUAAUGGAGGCGGUCAAUAAGUUGCUCACGAUGGGAGGACGAAUAGUGAUGGCGGUGAACCUCAGUACAGUGCUCGUUGCAUUUGGUAGCGGGCUUUACGUUGUGUCGACUGCGUACGGUCUCCACGCCAUGCAAGAAUUCUUGGGCAAGGAGAUGUUCGAUCAUCUAAUAACAGACGAUCCGGGCAAGUGGCCACUCCACGCUUGGUUUAACCUCCCUAUGAUCCCCCUCACUCUCAUUCUUUCCCGCACAUCACUUACCGAGACAACCCUGACCGCGACAAUACCCUUGUUUAUUACAUGGGCUAUCACGAAACCUGUACAGACCGACGGAGCUCCCCUCUUCCGGCCUGCUCCAGACACCGAUUACUUCCCCCUUGCACCCAACCAAGAGGGGUUCCUAUCCUGGCCCCCAGGGCCCGUUUUGUCGAUAUUUUUAUGGUUGGGGGUCAAAAGUCUAUACAGGCGGUGCUGGAACCGUUUCUGCCACUACGUGCUCGAUACGCAACCUGCGCGAGCUCCUGACGGUAGGCGAAUGCGCCGCUUCCUAUGGGACUUCGAUGAGGGCGGAGCCGGCCCCUUACGGCUUCGGAUCGCGGCCAACGUUCUGGGUGAGCGGCGCCGGGAAGGACAGGUGCAAGCAGGACAGCAACACGCAGAUGCACAGCAGCGUGACGGCGGAAAUGAGGACGGUGACGCAGAGGAAAACGACAACCAGCCUACAGCCCGGUAUACGAGCUCGUCCAUCGGGAGGCUGAUCGGUGGUGCGCUGAUGAUACCUACGAUAUCGAAUCGUAUGGGCACCCUUCUGUAUCGACUCUCCCAGCAUUCAUCGCUGCUCCGAAAAUUCCUGGGCGUCAAGCCCCCGAUGAGCGUAGGGCUCCGGAUUACUUCGGCUAUAUCGCCUGCCUUUUACAAGCUCACGCCUGCUCAGCAGGUCACGACGUUCUCCUGGGCCGUGCUUCGGGUGAUCAUGCAUGGUACGCGGAGCUGGAAUGAGAUGGACCCUGUCUGGUUCCGAAACACCAUAGGCCUUGGUCUCUUCGUCGUGGCCAAGGAUUGCGCGGAGCUUUUCUAUGCAUGGCUCAGCAAACGAGAACUAGAGAGUAGGCAUGUUAAGACCAGGCCGUUCCGAGGUAUCGAUGCCCGAGAGCUGGACCUUAUCAGACCGCAGCGUAUCACGACAUAG